AUUGGUUGAGACAGGUAAGCCCCACAAGUCCCAUCACUGCACAGAGGUGUGUGUUUGCUGGGAAUGCAGAGUCCAUGUGUGACCUCUAGUCAGUAAAUGGCUACGUGGCUCUAUUUUAAAUUUAGACCCAAUUAGCCACUCUGGAUCUUGACGGCUUGCCUCUUUCAGGUUCACAUUUGUUCACAGUCUGUAUGACCAAGAAAUUUCCAAAACAGAACAACUGGUGCUACUUCUUAAGAGCCUCGGUCAGAACACACAGACAAAACAGCGCACCGCUGGCGUAUGGGCGUUGCACCUGCUCCUCAUGGGCUGCUUUCCCGAGCCUUAAGCCCACAGCCCUCCUUAGCAUUAUCAGGCUUGAAGUGCUUUUUUUUCUUAAGCAGAGGAUAUGGGCCUACUUCUGUGAACAUUCGCUCAGACUGUAAGGAAUAAUGUAACCCGAAGAAUUGGCAUCACAGUCCGGUCUGUGCGCCUAGAUAGGAGGGCGGGGCGGUGACGCCGAGCACGCUGGGAACGCAGGGCUCCCUGCGCGUCUGACCCGGAAGGGGUGGUGCACGGUAACCCCAGCUUCCCUAGCAACCAAGCAGGCGCAAGCAGCAAGCCGCCAAGCUCUCCGCUCCCGGGAUGCCUCUUCAGGUUAGCGAUUAUAGCUGGCAGCAGACGAAGACUGCGGUCUUUCUCUCUCUGCCCCUCAAAGGCGUGUGCAUCAGAGACACAGACGUGUUCUGCACGGAAAACUAUCUGAAGGUCAACUUUCCUCCAUUUUUAUUUGAGGCAUUUCUUUAUGCUCCCAUAGACGACGAGAACAGCAAAGCAAAGGUUGGGAAUGACACCAUUGUCUUCACCUUGUAUAAAAAAGAAGCGGCCAUGUGGGAGUCCCUUUCUGUGACAGGUGUUGACAAAGAGAUGAAGCAAAGAAUCAGAGAAAAAUCUAUUUUACAAGCACAAGAGAGAGCAAAGGAAGCUACAGAAGCAAAAGCUGCAGCAAAGCGGGAAGAUCAAAAAUAUGCACUAAGUGUCAUGAUGAAGAUUGAAGAAGAAGAGAGGAAAAAAAUAGAAGAUAUGAAAGAAAAUGAACGGAUAAAAGCCACUAAAGAAUUGGAAGCCUGGAAAGAAUAUCAAAGAAAAGCUGAGGAGCAAAAAAAAAUUGAGAGGGAAGAGAAAUUAUGUCAAAAAGAAAAGCAAAUUAAAGAAGAAAGAAAAAAAUUAAAAUCUAAGAGUCUUACUAGAAAUUCAGCAUCUAGAAAUCUUGCAGCAAAAGGGAGAAAUUCAGAAAAUAUAUUUACUGAGAAGUUAAAGGAAGACAGUAUUCCUGCUCCUCGCUCUGUUGGCAGUAUUAAAAUCAACUUUACCCCUCGAGUAUUCCCAACAGCUCUUCGUGAAUCACAAGUAGCAGAAGAGGAGGAGUGGCUACACAAACAAGCCGAGGCUCGAAGAGCAAUGAAUACUGACAUACCUGAACUUUGCGAUUUAAAAGAAGAAGAAAAGAACCCAGAAUGGUUGAAGGAUAAAGGAAACAAAUUGUUCGCAACAGAAAACUAUUUGGCAGCUAUUAAUGCAUAUAACUUAGCCAUAAGACUAAACAAUAAGAUUCCACUAUUGUAUUUGAACCGGGCUGCCUGCCACCUAAAACUAAAAAACUUACACAAGGCUAUUGAAGAUUCUUCUAAGGCCUACAGGAUUAUGAAGCAGCACUUAAGAUUGAUCCAUCCAACAAAAUUGUACAAAUUGAUGCUGAGAAGAUUCGGAAUGUAA